UCAACAUUGGGUCGUCCGCGAGUCGGCUAACCGCUGCUAUUCGCUAUCGUCACUUGCGCUAACUAGCUAGUACUCCGCUAGCAACUAAGGCGUUGCGCAUUCAGAAUAGCUCGGUGUGCCUUUGUGGUGUCGGUGAAAUGUAUUGUAAAUCUGGCGGCGGCGACGGCACACUUUACCAUCGUCAUAGUUUUGUAACACUUAUGAAAAGCGAAUUCUUUUGUCUUUGCCUUCGUUUACAUGGAGACCCUGUCCUUUUCGCUUCGCCCCACCUCCGUUGACCGCGAUUGGACGCUUGGCUCGUCGCUCAUUUCUAACCGGCCGGUGAUUGGCUGCUGCCCAACGAGGACAACGCCACUUUACUUUGCUUUAUCGCCCUGUCUUCAACGUGGCCUUCCGUAGCAUCUGUCAAAACUCGGCCACGAACAAAUAAUACCAACGGCCACGACAAAUGCGUCGAUCACUGUUCAUGGUAAUGGACCCUCCUGGGGGGGGAGACGAGCGUCGGAGACAGGCAGAGCGUCUUCGAAGGGAGGAGGCGUAUUAUCAUUUUAUCAAUGAGCUGAGCGAGGAGGAGUAUCGACUCAUGAGAGACAGCAACCUGCUGGGGACCCCCGGAGAGGUGACCGCCGAGGAGCUCCAACAGCGUCUUGAUGGCGCAAAGGAGCGCGAGUCAUCUCAGCCCAGCACGGUGCAGCGCUUGCCGGCUGCUGACCCGGUGGAGCAGCAGGGCGGCAGUGGAGAGGAGAGGGGGUCUGGCGGGCGACGAGGAACAGGCACCCACGGAGAACCCGGGGCAGAGACCUCCAACGGAGACUCCUUACUGGAGUGGCUAAACACGUUCAGGCGCACUGGGAACGCCACCCGCAGCGGGCAGAGCGGCAACCAGACGUGGCGCGCCGUUAGCCGGACCAACCCCAACAGCGGGGAGUUCCGCUUCAGCCUGGAGAUCAACAUCAACCACGAUCAGUCCGAAGCGGGGGAGCAGAGUGACACUUUGGAUUUGGCCGAGCAGCCCCCCGCUGCUCCAAGUACACCUCCCAACCGAACCGCUUCCUCCGCCUCUCGGCCGUCAAGCGUGCCCCGGCCGUCCCCUUACCCGUCCCCUCGGCCUGCCCUCAGCAGGAGGAUGCAGACACGCCGCACACGCAGCAGCACUAGCACUCUUUCCGUGGGCCCCACUGCACUUACGGCUCCUGCGGCGCCUCCAGCUCCGAGGAGAGGGGCCGCCAUGCACUCUUUAGUACCGCCACCCACUGUUGCCCCCCAUUCCGACCUGUCAGCACCUUCUUCACAUCAAGCCCCCAUUCAAGUCGAAAUGGAGCAGGGCCGCGAUGACGUGACCUUAUCCCUGGACUGCCCCCGUGUGUCGCCCCAGGCUGGGUCUCAGGCCCCCGCGGUGGAGCAAGAAUCACGCAGGACUCGAUCACGCGGACGAUCGCGCAGGGCUGCGGCAGGGAGCUUGGCCCCACCCCGCACCUCCAGGCGAAGUCGGUCUCCCUUACAAAGGAGCCCCGUCACGACCCCGGUGCCCAGUGGUAUCAGCGGCUCGAGCAUCCACAUUGUCGACACAGGAAGUGGUACCAGCUCUGUCUCCAUGGAGACGGGGGAGGCUGCAGCAGAACCUGCAGCCGAAACGGAGCCAGCUGCCGAGACUGGCGAGCGUGAAAAUGAAUCACAUUUGACUUCAUCAGGAGCUUCUUCAGUCCGCCGCCACCCCACCAUCAUGCUGGACCUGCAAGUGAGAAGGAUCAGACCCGGAGAAAACCGAGACCGGGACAGCAUUGCCAGCCGAACGCGCUCUCGAGCCCGUGUUGCCGAGAACACGGUCACUUUUGAAAGCGACAGCGGUGGAUUUCGCCGCACCAUCUCCAGGUCGGAGCGAGCGGGGAUCCGCACGUACGUGAGCACUAUUCGGAUCCCGCUGCGGCGCAUCAGCGAGACCGGCCUGGGGGAACCCAACUCAACUGCACUGCGCUCCAUUCUGCGCCAGAUCAUGACCGGAUUUGGAGAGCUGAGCUCUCUCAUGGAGACCGAGGCAGAUUCUGAAAGCGUGUCCCCGAGCCACAUGGACGUUAGCUUGACGAAUAGCAGCCCUAGCCCAGCCGGACGCUUGUACACCCACGAGAACACAUCCGCUCAGGUGGGCUCAGCUGCACUUGAUCCGGAGAGGGUGGGGCCAGCGGGGAACGAGGAGGAGCGCGGCGGUCAGGCCAGACUCGGGGGAGGACCGGUGAGCGCCACAGAGGGCCGGCCCACCAGCAGAGACACUAACAACCUUGUAGAAAACGGCACUCUCCCCAUCUUGCGGCUAGCGCAGUUCUUCCUCUUGAACGACGAAGAGGAGGAUGAGCACCCUCGCGGCCUGACCAAAGAGCAGAUUGACAAUUUGGCCACACGCUCCUACGGCCAGGCCAGCCUGGAGGGGGAGGCGGGCCGCGCGUGCAGCGUUUGCAUCAACGACUACGCCCAGGGCAACAAGCUGCGGCGCCUGCCCUGCUCGCACGAGUUCCACAUCCACUGCAUCGACCGCUGGCUCUCGGAGAACAACACCUGCCCCAUCUGCAGGCAGCCCAUCCUGGCCGCGCACCAGGACUGAGCGGCCCGCGUGGACCGCGUGUACAUAGUGCUCCCAUCCCUUCUCGAUAGUUUUAACGUUAUACAAAGAAAUCAUUUGGGGGGGCGGGGCUUCACAACCCUUGUGGUUUGAAAGCCAAUCAUUUAAAGUCAAAUAGAUUCAUGCUGAAACAAGCCAGCAGUGAAAUGUCCUACGCUUUGUUCACACUUUGAAUGGGACUGGCCUUUGAUACACAAAGGUGCCUGUAUCAAACUAAAGUACGAUUCAGGAUUUCCCCGUGUUCCCGGUCUGGUGUUUUGGCUGCGUUUAGCGUUCACUUUACGUUUGACAAAUCGGGCCUCUUCCGUAUUUAUUUAUCCAAAGCGAACCUGUCAAGUGUGGACACGCCAUAAGAGUGUACAGUGGGUAAUUCCACUCAUUUUUAAUAAACUAAUUUCACAAGCACCGUCUAGUUUCAAGUAUGCUUAAUCAGUUCCAACUAGCCAGUGACUUCAAUUAACAAAUUAUUUUUGUAGCCUCUGGUGUCAGCGUCGUUCGAUUUCUGAUGAGAUUUUUCAGCUGCUGCGGAUAGUUUCCCGUUUUUAAGUCUCCCGUUCCGCUCGACAGAAACGACUUUUCGAUUGGAUUGGUUGAGUGUAGGCUGUAAAUACCCUACCACACUUUGGAGGACACGCGACACGCUGGCCUCCAUUUUAAAGUGUCCUUUCAUUGUUUAUUGCUUUAAUGGAGGUGUUGUUCUAUGGGCAUGUGUAUGAGUUGUGUAUUUAAAUUGUCUACUAAAUCCAGUAUUCUAUACUAAGUUCUCUCCACACAUGCGGACGGCACGUGAUAAUCAGGAAUCUAGACUUGUGCAAUACACAAUGAAAUGUAUUCAUGUCUUAUUGUUUUUGUUGUUUGGCUGUUGAUGGCUGUUGAUGGCUGUUCACAUUGUCAUGCCUGAUGAUCAUCUUCACUCUCAAGUCUCGCAAAUCUUCAAUUCAGCCCUUAGAGACCCGGUACCGUCUCAGAUAGCCUGACGAGAUAAUCUGUAGCGAUUAUACAUCAUGAGGUAGGUGUGACAUGAAAGAUGAUGUUUGGAUUUAAAAUGAAGUACCAUGUGGUUGAAUGACGAUGAUGAUGCAAGCGGUUCGCAGCAUGUUGCUGCUCAGGGAAGUUCCAGCAGGUUUGGGUAGGGGCAGUGCCUAUUCAUUUUCUAAGAAAUGAUCAAUAUGGAGACUGAUACCAUGAAUGUGUAUUAUGUUCCUGUGUGAUGCUGAGGUCCCCCCCCCCCAUGUGCAAAAAAUAAUUUCCUAGCUCUCCUCGACAACACAAUAAAACGCAGCUUGCCUGGCGUUGUGUGUUUCUGUCAAU